AUGGCGACGAGUACGAAAGAAAGGCUGAUCGCAGAUGUGGGAAACGAAGACCGGCAUGAAGACCCGUAUCUAUUUGACCUAACCUCCUAUUUUAGAAUUACCCCAUGGGAACAAUCUUCCAGCACCGAUGGCCAAGAGACAGUUUCCGACGAGCCCGAAUUCACCCUUUUCCCUAGCCUUCCGAUUGAGCUGCGUCUGAGGAUUUGGAGAUAUGCCCAACCUGAACCUCACGUUGUCGACAUCAUUUUCAACGAGAAAUCUCCAGAUAAGAGUAUGUCGACGGCAGCUCCACCUGUUCUGCUAUUUGUCUGUCGGGAAUCAAGAGCAGAGACAUUGAAGAUAUAUAAGCUCCUCUCGCGAAGCAUGAAGUCGAGCGCCACAGAUCUUUACCGCCGCAUCUACAUCAACCCAUUGGUGGACACUCUUCACUUCGCUGAUGAUUGGAGGACUGCAUCUCAAGAUCUCACCGCGUACAUUCCACUAGAAAGCAUCGUCUCGUGGCUGAAUGAGGAUCUCAUCAAGACGCAGAAGCACCUAGCUUUAGGUCUUGCAAUGCUAGAUGCCAAUAUCCAAGCUGCAUCUCAUCCAACUGCCUUCUCAGCUAUGGCUAAAUUUCAAGCGCUCGAAUCUCUGAUGGCAGUUAUUUCCCCGAAACGCCGACAAAGAUGUGCAAAUGAGAUCGUCGAUCCCUAUGGCCUGAGGCGACCCACUCCACCACUUCUUGCUCCUGAUGAAGAUGCACGGUUCGCUAUCUACCUCUCUCCAGAUGUGCGAUAUGCAAAGCCAGUGUCGGAGGGCGGAGAUCCAUAUUACACUGAAAUUGACGAAGUACUGAAUCUUCAAGGUGGUGAGGAUAGGAUGCAGGAGCUCGAGGAUUUGCUUGAAGAGAUGCAAGAUGAGCUGGAAGCGGUCUAUAUUGAUCAUCCAAAGUGGAGAAUGCCUUAUACGGGCGUUGCAGCUUUGCAUUGA